UGUCUGCGCCCAUGAAACCGCGAUACUCAACCCGGGCACCGUCGAAGUAGCUUGUAUGAAGUUUAAUCAGCGUGUAAUUUGAUACUUGUUUACGAUUUUUAUACACUGUAUUAAGUAAAAAAAAUAACGCAAAACAAAAUGACUCAAAAACCAGGGGACUCCAAAUUAAAGUGGCUCGUCCCUCCAAGAAAUGCUGAUGGAAGGUUUCCACUGCGAUGGCGGAUGCCGAGCUGGAUGACCUUAUCCUUCUUUAACAUGAUCAGCAAAAUGUGGUCCAAGAUUACCUAUGUACAGACACAUAACCUAGAAAUUCUACAAAGUGCUCUUGAAUCCCGUCAAGGACGUCCUUUAAUCACAGUUAGCAACCAUGCCUCGUGUAUAGACGAUCCACUUAUUUGGGGUGUGCUGAAGUGGCGCCACCUACUGAACACAGAGUUAAUGCGCUGGGAUCCGGGUGCUGAAGAUGUCAUCAGUAAAUGGCCGUUGACGAACCGCCUUUGUUCCUGGGGCAAGGUGGUCCCUAUACGCAGAGGGGACGGUGUCUUCCAGCACACCAUGAACUUUUUGGUUGAUGAACUCAACAGGGGCAACUGGGUGCACGUGUUUCCUGAAGGUAAAAUCAACGUAACAAAAGAACCAAUGAGGCUGAAAUGGGGUGUUGGAAGACUGAUAGCGGAGUGUAAGAUUGAUCCACUGGUCAUUCCAAUAUGGCACUUAGGGGCAGAUGAUAUAUUGCCAAAUAGAAAGCCCUAUUUUCCACCCAGAAUAUUGAAGGAACUGACUAUAUAUGUUGGAAACCCCCUGGAGUUCAAGACAUUGUUGGAACAGUUGAAGAUAGCUAAAAAGUCCCCAAUGGAAAUCAGAAAGGCAAUAACAGAUGUUAUUCAAGAAGAAUUUUUAGAACUAAAAGCCAAAGCUGAGCAUUUACACAACAGUAGAAAGAUAAUGCCAAAAAGCUGACGAAUCUACAUCAUUUAUCAUAGCUGGGUAUAUUUUAAUACAGACUUAAUGAAUUGACUGCAGUUACUUUUAUUGGAAUUAAGUGUCUCAGGUGAACAUGUUUACAUCACAGUUGAUACAUGAAACAUUGGGCUCAGAAGGAUUUAAACUUUUCAUUGGUGUCAAAAGGUAUAAUUUCAAGAAAAAAUAUUGGCAUGAUAAGAAUCAGAAGGUCAUCAGUUGUUCUAACUUUGAAUGUCGGAAUGGAUGCAUAAACCA